CGAAAUGUCAUGACAAACCUUACAGUUAUAAAGGUAGAACAAUUGAUUGAAACAAGAAGCUUGUUAUUACUAGUCUGGUUUCAGACAGAAUACAAAGGGAAAAAACAAUGGCGGAUGCAACACAAAGGUACGCUUUGGUUACAGGAGCAAACAAAGGAAUCGGGUUCGAAAUCUGCAGGCAGCUAGCAUCUAAAGGAGUAGUGGUGGUUUUAGCAGCAAGAGAUGAAAAGAGAGGUAUUGAAGCUCGAGAGAAGCUUAAGGAAUUGGAUAAUGUGGUUUUUCAUCAAUUAGACAUCGUUGAUCCUGCUAGCGUUGCCGCUGCUUUUGAGUUCAUCAAGUCAAGAUUCGGAAGGCUCGACAUUUUGGUGAAUAAUGCAGGAAUUCGCGGGGCAGAGGUGGAUGGAGAUGUUUCAGUGCUUCAAGAGUAUAUUGAGGCAGAUGGCGCCUCAUUCCUUGCUGGCGGACAGGCAGAGCCAUUUCACGCGAAGGCAAGUGGAAAGCUUAUCGAGACAUUGAAGGGGGCGGAAGAAUGCAUUGAGACAAACUACUAUGGUGUAAAAAGAGUAACAGAAGCCCUCAUUCCUCUGCUGCAACUCUCCCAUUCACCAAGAAUUGUCAAUGUCACCUCCACUCUAGGCUGUUUAGUGCUUCAGCCUAACGAAUGGGCGAAAGGAGUGUUGAGCAGCAAAGAGAGGCUAACAGAAGAGAGAGUAGAUGAAGUUAUGCAGCAAUUUCUCAACAACUUCAAAGAUGGUAAAUUGGAAGAGAAGCAGUGGCCUCCUCACCUUGCAGCCUACAAAGUGUCGAAAGCAGCUCUUAACGCGUAUACUUGGCUUGCAGCUCAAAAAUACCCCAAUAUCUGCAUCAAUGCUGUGUGUCCUGGUUUUGCUAGAACAGAUAUAACCUUCAACGCAGGCCCUCUAAGUGAAGUCGAAGCUGCUGAAGCUCCGGUCAAGAUGGCAUUGCUUCCCCAUGGAGGCCCCUCGGGUUCCUUCUUCCAUCGGUCCGAUGCCUUGUCUUUCUAAGAAACAAUCCAACUAGCCUUUUCUCUUGUACUAACAAUUAAUAAUUGUGUUUGUAGGAGUCUUCACUUC